AUGGGCAACAAACCUUCAGUAAAUCAGGAGCUAAACACAGAAAAGACGACUAUCUUUCAAUCCCAGGAAGGAGUAGUAUACAGGAUUCCUGCACUUUUCUAUCACGCAGAGGAAAAAGUCUUUCUGGCCUUUGCAGAAAAGCGAAGGGCGAAAGAUGAUCACACCUCAGAGGCACUGGCCAUGAAAACGGGAACAGUAAACAACGAUCAAACCACUAAUGAACUGAUAGUCACGUGGUCCGAUCUGAAACUGGUGAAGGAGGCACAUCUGGAAGGACAUCGUCCGAUGAACCCCUGCCCGGUGUAUGACAAGACCAAUAAAAAACUUUUCCUGUUCUUCGUUUGCGUUAAAGGCAUAGUGUCAGAGUGUUGGCAGAGGUUCUGGGGCUGCAAUAAGACCCGUCUCUGCUAUAUCACAUCCACUGAUGCUGGUAAAACGUGGAGCCAAGUGACUGACUUGACCGAUGCACUGGCCGAAGUUAAACAAUGGGCCACAUUUGCUGUUGGGCCAGGCCAUGGUAUUCAAGCACAGAGUGAUAGAUUGAUUGUUCCAGUUUAUGGUUAUGUUUCUUGCUCCAACUCAUUUUGUUGGAUAAUGUGUUAUUGUGCUGUCUCACGUGCACUCUGCCUUUACAGUGAUGACAAGGGUGUUACUUGGCAAUUUGGCAACCUGCUUGAAAAAGAAUCAGGUGAAUGUGAAAUGGCAGAGAUUUGCGAUGACAAAGGCAACAGGUCCAUCUACUGCAAUGCCCGUAGUGCUGAAGGCCAUCGUGUUGAAGCUGUCAGUGCUGAUAAUGGUGAGGAUUUUGGUAUUCUGCCAAAUGGCGCACUAGUGGAAACAGGCAGUGGAUGUCAGGGAAGUGUGGUGUCCUUUCCAAUUCAAAACGAAGGUAUAAAAAGAAAGGCGGAGCAAAGUCAGGACCCUAGAUGGUUACUUUUUUCACACCCAAAUGAUAAGGGCGAAAGAAAGGAUCUAGGAGUGUAUCUGAACAAAUCUCCACAUGAUCCAAAAAACUGGAGCUCACCCUGGAUCAUCAACAAAGGGCCCAGUGGUUAUUCAGACCUGGUUUACAUUGGGGAUGGGAUGUUUGCAUGUUUAAUGGAGCGUGGGGAUAACAGUGAAAUUGAACAGAUAGCUUUCUCGAUUUUUAGCUACAAUGAAGUCAAGAAGGGCACUGAAGAGUAA